AUGGUGGGACUAGAGCAGACAAUGUCUUCCAGCCCGACUCGCGGAUCUAAAGCACCUGGUGCCAACAGUCGGCCCACGAGUAAGGAUGGCUCAAAGAAAAAUAUUUGGUCGUCGCUUCUAGACGGUGUCGCCAAUGGAAAGCGCCUACCGGAGAAGAACCUGUUGAUCUUAGGUGGCACUCCAGAAAGCCAGCGAGAAUUCCUGGAGACUUUCUCCGCAGAUACCUCCGCAGACCCCAGCUUAGUGAACGACAAACGGAAGGGGAAGACCCCUCCCAUCGCCAACCAGUUUGCUCUGGGAUAUACAUAUCGCGAUGUCCUUGACGCCGACCGAGAAGACACACUGGCCCGCGUCUCGGCGUACCUUUUGGCUGAACCCUCUCCGUCAUUCGCACCUCUUAUCAAACCCCUCUUGACUCCUCAAUCCGUCCCGGAGACCCUGGUUGUUAUCCUUUUGGACUGGUCGGACCCCUGGACCUGGGUCCGGCGGCUGAGAGAAUGGGUUCGCCUCUUGCGCUCCGUGCUUGUCUCUCUUGACGAUGACACAAAGCUCGUUAUGGAGGAAACUAUGACCGAGUGGCGCGAUCGCAAGAGAGGUAUGGAUGCUAGCUCUGCCGCAACGGGCGGCUUGUCAAGUUCUGGUGGCCCGGUCACAAUACCGCUGGGACCUGGCGAAUGGGAUGAAGGGCUGGGUAUCCCAAUGUGUGUCGUUUGCCAAGGAGCGGACAAGAUCGAAAAGCUGGAAAAGGACCACGGCUGGCACGAAGAGCAAUUCGACUUCAUCCUGCAAUUUAUGCGUACUCUCCUGCUGAAACAUGGCGCAUCGCUCAUUUAUACCACACCUUUCCUUGCCAACUCUCUCCAAAGCUUGAUUCAUUCCUCGCUUGGUAUACACUCUCUUCUGAAACGACAGUCAUUAAAACACAACGUAAUCGACCGGGACAAGAUUCUGGUACCGGCCAACUGGGACUCCUGGGGUAAGAUUCGGAUUAUCCGCGAAGGAUUUGAUAUGGAAGGUGCAUCAACCGCCUGGUCCAUCGAGAUUCAAGAUGCCCCCGAGCCGCUUGACCAACCGGCAGCUCCGCAAGACGAGAACGCAGAGGCCGACGACGGCACGAGUGCGGUGACGGUCUUCGAACAGACCAUCCAAGACCCUAAGAGGGACAUGACGAUCGCCCACUCCAGCACCACCAAUGGCACAAAGGUUGAAGUCGAGACUUCCGACACGCAAGGAUUCCUUACGAAGCAGGUCGAGGUUCUCGAACAGCUCAAGGCAGACGAUGAGAAAGACCGCUCAACUCAGGAAACCCCUCAGCUGGAGAUGUCUCCCAUGGAUGACCAGGGCAAGGUCAACGAGCAUAUCGGUCCGGUCCAGUUCAAUAUGGGCGGUAUCCAGGUAGAUGCGGAUGACAUGCUGAAAAAGCUUCGCGACCGCGAAGCCAACCGGACUCAAAGAAAGGAAGGUCCUCCCGCAACCCCAGGCGACGAGAAAGCACAUAACCAAGCAUUGGCAAACUUCUUCGCGGGUCUCGUCAAGAAGCCCAGCAGCAGUCCUCGUGGCAGCCCAUCUGCUUGA